AUGCCAGCUUUUUUUAAGGCAUUAAAUUCUUUGACGGCGGGAAUUAAAUCCGCACGACUGGCACCGGUAGGUUGGAUUAAUAAAUCAGCAUGUUUGGCAAUUUCCAAAGUACUUCUAUUAGUGCGAGCAGAUCCAUCAAUGAUAAUUAAAUCGUAUUGCUUGGUUAGCGCAGUGUGUACUUGUGCCGUAGCAGCUGGUACUGCUUGUGUUUGCGUUGCUACUGGAGGCUUAGCUGCUCCCAAAAUAGUGGGAAUUGGUGCAGCAUCUAGCUUCGGUGGAUACUUAGUUGGCAAUCAAGCCGAUAAAGAAAGUGCGGAAAGAGAAAAAUUACUGAUGUAA